AUGUCCUCUCAGGCGAGCUCAAGCAAGGAGGUAGUGGCACCCAACCCACAGCCGCCUCCGAAACCCCCAGAGGAACUGCCAAAGGAACUCCAAGGCGGAAAGUUCAUUUUCUUCACGCUCGACACCCUCUUCAACCGCGACUAUGCUAUUGAGUGCGCUCUGAAGAAAUGCAGGGAUCUUAACCAAGACCUUCAGAGCAAAUCCAUGGAUGAACUCAAGAGAGCCUAUCGUGGUGCCAUGGACGAGGCGUAUCGACAGCAUAUCCAAACCCAGCUCCAUGGCCCAGGCCUUCAGCACAACAAUAAUCCACAAGUUCCGAUGGAUAAAGUCGGAUUGAUGUUUCAGCAACUCAACCUCGAACUGCCGUCGGCGAGUGAACGUAAACGCAUCGGCAACGAGUUCGCUGUUGAAUUCAACCGCAAUCGAUUUGAAGCUACCGGCGCUUCUCAUCUCCUUAAGCAGCUGAAACGUCUCGACUACAGCAUCGUCGUUGCCGACCACAGUUUUGACUGGGAUAUCGUCAACCAUCUCAAUUUCUGGCACGACGUCGGUGCUAUGAUACUUACAGAAGAUUUGUUGGUGCGCAAGCCUGACCCUCGCGUGUUUCAAAAGGCGUUGGAUGGAUGCGAAGUCUCUGCGAAGACUGCUCUCGUCGUUGGGUGUUCAGUGGAGGAGGACAUUCUUGGUAUCCUCGCGGCUGGCGCAGAGCCAAUCUUGUACAUGCCAGGCCAUAAUUACAUGACUAUGGAUGUUCAGGGCACGCGUGUUCUGGUUGUUCGUACUAUGGCUGAGCUAUCGUUGGAGAUACACCUUCGACCGGAAAACAGUCAGCUCGUACCGGCACAACAUAACCAGCCACCUCCUAGACCACAGCACCCAGUUCACCCGCCAAUGGUGUACGCACCACAGAACCAGGAAAACCCGAGCGAUCAGAACGCUGCACCCUCGUCGGCACGACAGCGGCUACCUUCGAUGAGGCUGCAUCCACCCACGGAAGACUAUGGGACUUCUAGCGUAAAUCCUGCACACAGAUCGAGUCCCAGUCCGUCGACACAGAAUUAUGGCCCCCGUGCACCAACACCAGCCACGGAAGUACCGACACCCAAUGGUCAGGGUUCCCGUAGUGUCAGCCCUGACAGCAACUCGCCCGUCCAUAGCUCUGGGGGCUCGACGCCACGAGGGUGGCUACCUUCGAUGAGACUGUACCCUCUCACCGAAGACUAUGGGAUUUCCAUCGGAAACCACAAUGGGGAUCGGGAUCAGCCGCGCUCUCGGCAUGAUGGGUAUGGACAUGGGACUUCGAGGGACAGGUACACUACGCAGGCCGGAUAUCCACCUCCACCUCCACCUAGACCUCCGUAUCGACCACCCACCCCAAGCCACGCUAUCUAUCAAGAUCAGACACGCUCUUGGCAAGAAGGACGUGAGUAUGAGACUUCGGAGAACAGGUACACCAUGCAGGGCGGAUACCCACCUGGACCCUCGGCCCAACGUCAGAGCAUAGCUCCAGAGCUUAGAGACGUUGCUCAAAGUAGUCUGGACCUAGCACGAGAUAUUGGACCAACUGAUUCGUCUUCCAAGGAUGUCGAUGAACAGACUGGGGAUAUGGCAGGUCGACAGUAG